CCUUAACAAUCUUCCAUAGCCUUAGCUUUCUCCAGGUCUGAUCAUUCUUUUGCAUUUUCCACCCAUAAGCUAAAAUUAUGUCCAAGGCUAAGGUGACCUUAGGGUUGGAAAUCACCCCUGCGGUGGCCAAGAUCAAUGGCCGCCCUGUUCUUCAACCUACUUGUAACCGUGUUCCUAGCCUAGACCGCCGCAAUUCACUCAAAAAAGUGUCACCAAAGUCACCUCCACCAUCUCCUCCUCCACUACCAUCACCACCAAAGGCCUCCUUGACAACACCUCCUAUAUCACCCAAGUCUAAGUCCCCCAGGCCACCUGCUAUCAAGCGGGGGAGUGACAUCAAUGGGCUCAAUUCUAGUUCCGAGAAGGUUGUCAGUCCUACAAAUAGUGUCCCGAAGACCUUGGACAGGAAGAAAUCAAAAAGUUUCAGGGAAGGUGAGGCAUCAUUGAGCUAUCCUUCUUCUUUGAUCCUAGAGGCUCCAGGUAGUAUAGCCGCGGUGAGGAGGGAACAAAUGGCACUUCAACAGGCUGAAAGAAAGUUGAGAAUUGCACAUUAUGGAAGAUCAAAGUCUGCCAAGUUUGAAGUGAAGAUUGUUCCUCUAGAGACCUCAACUUUACCAGAAACAGAGUCAAUUGAGGAGAAGAAGAGGUGCAGCUUUAUCACACCCAAUUCAGAUCCUAUUUAUGUUGCUUAUCAUGAUGAGGAAUGGGGGGUUCCGGUCCAUGAUGACAAGAUGCUGUUUGAGUUGCUAGUUUUAAGUGGUGCUCAAGUUGGAUCAGAUUGGACUUCAAUCUUGAAGAAAAGACAAGAUUUCAGGGAUGCUUUUUCAGGGUUUGAUGCAAAAGCUGUAGCCAAUUUCACAGAUAAACAGAUGAUGGCAAUUAGCUCAGAUUAUGGGAUUGAAAUAAGCCGAGUCCGGGGUGUUGUCGACAACUCUAACCGAAUCCUCAAGGUUAAGGAGGAAUUGGGGUCAUUUGAGAGGUACAUUUGGGGGUUUGUGAAUCACAAGCCAAUCUCUACCCAAUACAAAUUUGGCCACAAGAUCCCAGUCAAGACCUCAAAAUCAGAGUCCAUAAGCAAGGACAUGGUGAGGAGGGGAUUCCGGUUUGUUGGACCAACCGUGGUCCAUUCCUUCAUGCAAGCCGCCGGUCUAACCAACGACCACCUCACCACGUGCCACAGGCACCUCCCCACGUGCCACAGGCACCUCCAGUGCACCUUACUAGCCAGCCAUAACCAAGCAGGAGCUUAACUAUAGAAUGAUUUGACCUUCAAGGAACAAAAUAACAGACCAAAAGUGCAUAUAUAUGAGAUCAUUUUCUAGCUAAUUAAUGCUUUUACUUUCCAUGGCUUUGUAUAAUAUAUAGGUAGGGGAAAGAAAGAAAAACUCGAUAAAAAAAAAAUUGAUAAAAGAUAAAGGGCUUUCGUGACUCGGGUUUUAAUGAUAGCAGUGAUUUGAGUGUGUUGAAGUUGAUUAGAGAGGAGAUGGUGCUGUGGAGGAGGAAACAGAUUGCAUGUGCUAAUGUGAGGCAAUGUCAUGUGUUGGUUGUCAGUUUGCUUUUUCAUUCCAUGUGACGAUCACACUUUGCAUUAUUAUUUGGGGCAUUCCUUUUAACAGGCUGUAUGCCUCAGUAGGACCAGGCCCACAUACCAUCUGUCUUUUUUGUUUGGGUUUGCGUAGUCUUUUUCUAAUCUUUGGGGAUAUAUUAAUAUCCCAAGUCAUUGUGGCUUUUGGGUGUGAGACUUUUUAAGUGCUUCCAUGUGUUGUGCUUCUCCUAAUGCUUGCUUGGUAAAAUACACUUUGACAAGAUAAGUAUCUUAUUCUUCACCAUGUGCAUUGCAUGUGCAAACUUCCUUCUCAAAUAAACAUUCUUCUCAAAGUAAAAAUGAUAUGCAGCAACCAGAAGAAAAGCGCAGAAAAGCUCUUCAUCAAGCCAUCAACAUUUUCCUUGCACACUAACACUGUAAAUCUUGCAACACAAGUAGAACAAAGAAUGGUGUAUAUC